AGGGCUCUGCCGCGGCUGCCGGCGGCACCGGGGGACAUGGGGGACACAGGAACCGAGGCGGACACAGGGACCGGGGGCCGGCGCCAGCCCGGUGCCUCCUUCACCAUCGAGUCCCUGCUGUCGGAGCGGGGCGAGGGGGCACCCUGCAGCCCGACAGCCCCUGGCCACAGCCCCUCGGCAGCCCCCCGGCCCCCGCCGGAGCCCGGGGAGAAGCCCUCGCAGUCCUACAUCGCCCUCAUCUCCACCGCCAUCCUCUCCUCCCCGGAGAAGAAGCUGCUGCUCUCCGACAUCUACCAGUGGAUCAUGGACAACUACCCCUACUUCAAGAACAAGGAGAAGAGUUGGCGCAACAGCGUCCGCCACAACCUCUCCCUCAACGAAUGCUUCGUCAAGGCUGGCCGCAGCGACAACGGCAAGGGCCACUUCUGGGCCAUCCACCCUGCCAACCUGGAGGACUUUGCCAAGGGGGACUACCACCGGCGGCGUGCCCGGCGGCGUGUCCGCAGGGUGAACGUCGGCUACUUCCACCCCUACGCCCUGUAUGGCCUCGGCUGCUGCUGCCCCUGCUGCCCCCCAGCACCCCCUGCACCCCCACUCACCCUCCCUGCACUGUCCUCCCUCACCCUGCCCGCCGCUCCCCACCGCUGCCUGCCCGAGCGGCCGCGCUGGGGCUGGGGACGAGUCCCCCUUCCCCGGGGUCCUGUCCCCCUCCUUCCCCGGCCCCCCUUCCUGUAGUCCUUCCCUAGCCUAGGGGUGCCUGGACGGGGACCCCCAGAUAGCUGGGGCAGGUCUAAGGCAGGACCAGCUCAGGGACACUCUGGACGUCACCUUCGCC